AUGAAGUUCCAGUAUAAGGAGGACCAUCCCUUUGAAUAUAGGAAAAAGGAGGGAGAAAAGAUCCGGAAGAAAUACCCGGACAGGGUCCCUGUGAUCGUGGAAAAGGCUCCGAAAGCCAGGGUGCCUGACCUGGACAAGAGGAAGUACCUAGUGCCCUCUGACCUCACUGUUGGCCAGUUCUAUUUCUUAAUCCGGAAGAGGAUCCACCUGCGACCUGAGGACGCCUUAUUCUUCUUUGUCAACAACACUAUCCCUCCCACUAGUGCUACCAUGGGCCAGCUUUAUGAGGACAACCAUGAGGAAGACUAUUUUCUGUAUGUGGCCUACAGCGAUGAAAGUGUCUAUGGGAAGUGAGUGAUGGAAGCCCAGCAGAUGGGAGCACCUGGACUUGGGGGUUAAGGGGAGGGGUGUGUGUGGGACUUGGGGGAAAAGAGGG